GAUCACAGUCACAUGAUGAGAAACGUCCAGCAGGAGUAUACAUCCGUGAUCACAACAAGAAGUGAAAUAAUACUAUCGUAUGAUAGCUGCAACUGGAGCAGUUUGACAUUAUCGUAGAUGCUAAACUGUUCGACUUCCUGUUGCACAAAGGUGUGCUCCCAGCUAGAAGUGUUUAUAACCUGGUGAAAUUAUGCUAGCCGUAACAUUAGUCGUUUUUGUCGGUGCUCUCGCAUCUCGUACGGCGGCUCGUUACACUGCGGACUGGACCAGUCUGGACGCCAGACCGCUGCCUUCAUGGUACGAUGAGGCGAAGGUUGGCAUUUUCAUCCACUGGGGAGUGUUUUCUGUGCCCGGGUUUGAUAGUGAGUGGUUCUGGUGGCACUGGCAGGGCCAAAAGCCUCCAGACCAGAAGUGUGUGAACUACAUGUCAAAGAACUACCCGCCUGGGUUCAGUUACCCGGAGUUUGCACCCCAGUUUCACGCCCAGUUCUUCAACCCGGAGGAGUGGGCGGACAUCUUCAAGGCUUCUGGUGCAAAAUAUGUCGUCCUGACUGCCAAACACCACGAAGGAUUUACUAACUGGGGGUCUCCAAACUCCUGGAAUUGGAAUUCUGUUGAUAAUGGUCCUCACAGGGACCUUGUGGGAGACCUGGGAGAGGCAGUGCGCAAACGGUCCUUGCACUAUGGACUCUAUAACUCCUUGUAUGAGUGGUUCCACCCUCUCUACCUGAAUGAUAAGAAGAAUGGAUUCAAAACACAGGAUUUUGUGCUGCAUAAACUACUGCCAGAGCUUUAUAACAUGGUUGUAAGGUACAGACCUGAGGUGAUCUGGUCUGACGGGGACUGGGAAGCACCUGACACCUACUGGAACUCCACCCAGUUCCUGGCCUGGCUCUAUAAUGACAGCCCUGUUAAAGAUACCGUUGUGACCAAUGACAGAUGGGGAGCCGGCUGUGCCUGUAAACAUGGUGGCUACUAUAACUGUGAAGACAAGUAUACUCCAGGCCAGCUGCCUGAGCAUAAGUGGGAGAAAUGCACAUCUGUGGACACGUUUUCCUGGGGCUAUCGUCGGAACAUGAAAAUGAAUGAACUAAUGACCUUACCCACUAUCAUAGAGGAUCUGGUUUACACUGUGGCACUGGGAGGUAACUACCUUCUGAAUGUGGGUCCCACUCCUGAUGGGAUGAUCCCAGCAGUUUUUGAGGAGAGGCUCCGGGGAGUUGGUGCCUGGCUAGAGGUCAACGGGGAGGCCAUCUAUGCUUCCAAACCCUGGAGGGUCCAGGCAGAGAACACCACUGUACCAGUCUGGUAUACAUCUAAAGGGAAUUCUGUCUAUGCCAUUGUGACUACCAAACCCCCCAAAUCCACAUUGCAACUGUUGGAACCCAAAACAUCAUCAAUCACCAAGGUGACCUUGUUGGGGAAUCCUAAGCCCUUGCCAUGGUCCCCAGUCUACCCCAAUGCUGGCCUUAUUGUCCUUUUGCCUGAACUGCCCAACACCCCAGGUCAGGCCUGGACACUCAAACUGGAUGGUAUCCUAUGAGCCUUAAACACCUGAAGCUAUAUGGUUUGAUAUUCAGAAUUUGAUAUACUCAGGUUUUCAUUAUGUUUGUAGGAUAAGGGGAAAAUUUAUGCACUAUAAUUUUAAGGGACAAGGCUUGUGUAAUGAUUAGUAUGUUUGCCAAAGUGAAAGAAUGGAACACUCCUCUUCAAUGGUUCCUUUGUUGCUCUGAGGACUUAAGGUUUAAAAUUUCAAUGGCUCUUGUUUUUGCUCUUUUUUAAUGAUUUUAAUGAAUUGACUGAAUGAAAAGUGGAAUCUGCUGUGCAGCUUCCUUUUAAAAGGGCUAAAUAAAAGAUGAUUUGAUUUGUCUGGUGAA